AUGGAGCCGUUUUCUGCCUUUGCUGUGGCUGCUACAGCAGUCCAGUUCGUCGACUUUAGCAGCAAGCUUUUGUCCAGAGUCCUGCGCGUCUACCGCGGCCCCACAACUGCCGACAAAGGCCACCUGCUUGACCUUGAACUUAGCUCGACCCUAGUGAUAUCGGGACUCAUUGGCAAGCUCACGGACCAUCUGCGCUUUCCCGAGAUCAACGAGAGAGAGGCUCGGGUCCCCAGGGCUUAUGCCAACACCUUUGAGUGGAUAUUCCAGCCGGGCCCCGACCUCGACCCCGACCUUGUCGUCCCGCCCAAUGCCAAGGAAACGACCUUCCGGGACUGGCUACUCCACGGCCAUGGCAUCUAUUACAUUGCCGGAAAGGCAGGCUCGGGAAAGUCGACGCUGCUCAAGUUCAUCUACGAAGAUCCUCGCACCGCGGAGCUUCUCUCCCAGUGGAGCUCUCCCAAGCAUCUGAUACUGUUUGAGGUCCAGGACGCCAACUACUUCUUCCUCGUCGACGGGUUGGACGAAUUCGAUAGCUCGAGCCAAGACCUCGUCGAGUUGUUGAACAUGCUUGGCAGUCUUCUCAACGUAAGGCUUUGUGUCUCCAGCCGCCCGUUAGUUGUCUUUGAGGACGCCUACGGACGGAAUCCAGGCCUGAGGCUCGAGGACAUGACACGGCCAGACAUCUCCAGCUACGUCAACAUUCACUUUUGGAAGCAUCCGGCCUUCCCAGAGCUGUUUGAGGUGGAUCCUGACUUUUACUCCAAAAUCGUGCGCCAGGUCACAAUCAAGGCCUCGGGAAUCUUUCUGUGGGUGGUGCUAGUGGGUAGGUCCCUGAUGGAGGGUCUCGCGAAUGGCGACAGGCCAGAAGACCUGCAGCGGCGCCUUGACGAGAUCCCAGCCGAACUUGAGAACCUCUUUGCCACCAUGCUGGACAACCUUGAACCCCGUUACUUUGUCCGCGCCAGUAAUAUUUUUCAAAUAUUCCGCGCAGCCAAACGUAAGCCGACUCUUCUCUGCAUGUCAUUCGCCAACGAGGAAGACCAGACGCUGGAUUCCGCCGGCAGGAGACGGGUGACGAGCACCCCGAAGCCCAAUCCCAAGAUCAAGCCCAAGAUCGAGCUCAAGCCAAACUACCGGAGGUUUCGCCACCUGCUGCCCAUUAUUCCGCCGAACUGCGUGCGGGUCGAGUAG